UGUCAUUAUCAGCUGCAUCUGCCUCAGGCCUCAGCGGUAAAAGAGGAAAUGUCUACUCCAUCCGGCCUUCACAAUGAUCUGCAGCCGCUGGCGUGGCUCGCCGGUACUUGGGAGACUAAGAAUGGGCUCUGUCAAUAUCCCACCAUGAAGGACUUUCAAUACCAUGAAGAGUUGGAGUUUAUAUGCAUAGGACAACCAAUGUUCAACUACACGUCAAAAGCGGUGCAUCCAGAAAAAGGUACACCUCUGCAUCAGGAGCGAGGGUUCCUGCGCGUCAAGCCUGGGACUAAGGAACUGGCUUUCAUGGUCAGCCACAACUUUGGUCUGACCUCCUUGGAAGAGGGGCAAUUUGAUGAGUCAACCCAUGUGAUAGACUUGACCUCCGUCUCAAUAUCCAGGAUGUCGUUUGCAAAGCCGCCAGCAGUGUUGCGAUUUAAGAGGACAAUUAAGUUGCUAGAUCAAAAUACUCUUCAAGUAACUGUUUAUAUGGAGACUGAAAAUACUGAACUGUGUAAACAUUUAGAAGCUACGUAUUCUAGAAAAGUAUAGACCGAGACAUUCUAAUUUUUUUAAUGGUCACAAAUAAUGUUGCUGAUAGGUUUUUUCAGAUGUAGGCGAUGGUGCUUUAAAAAAGUUAUAAAUACACAAGAUCUGUU